AUGGCCACCGUGACAGAGUUGAGUCCCACAGCAGAAAAGAGUAAGUGCUCCCAAGAUAUGCAAGUGGAUGAGAAGCUCAUUCACAGAAAAGUUCCAAGCUUAUGUUCCAUCCGCUAUGGAAUAGCCUUCCUCGCACAUCUCUGCAACUUCAUAAUAAUGGCACAAAAUGUUAUCAUGAACAUCACCAUGGUAACCAUGGUCAACAGCACAGACCAUCAGUCCCAGUUUAACAGCUCCACUGAGGGGCUGCCUGUCGACUCAUUUGGUGGCCCAAAUAAAGCCCCAAAGAGUCUUCCUGCGAGGGCCCCUGUGUAUGACUGGAGCCCUCAAAUCCAGGGCGUCAUCUUUGGUUCUGUCAACUAUGGCAUGCUUCUGACACUGGCUCCCAGUGGAUACCUGGCUGGAAGAGUAGGAACAAAGCGAGUUCUUAGUGUUUCUUUGUUUGUCUCCUCACUUUUCACUCUCUUCAUCCCUCUGGCAGCUGACCUUGGACUAGGUUUCCUCAUUGCAACUCGAAUAGUCCAGGGCCUAACCCAGGGAUCAGGAUUUGGGGGUCAGUUUGCAAUUUGGGAGCGAUGGGGUCCUCCACGUGAACGAAGCCAACUCUGCUCCAUUGCUUUAUCAGGACUGGUACUGGGAGCCCUCGCCGCCAUCCUCCUCGGUGGCAUCAUCAGUGAAGCCCUCGGGUGGCCUUUUGUCUUCUAUAUCUUUGGAGGCAUUGGCUGUGUCUGCUGCCUUCUCUGGUCUGUUCUGGUUUAUGAUGACCCUGCCUCUCACCCAUGGAUAAAUGUCACAGAAAAAGAAUACAUCAUAUCCUCCUUGGCCCAACAGGUCAGUUCUUCUAAGCAGUCUCUUCCCGUCAAAGCUAUGGUCAGAUCUCUUCCCCUUUGGUCCAUGUGUUUUUGCAGUUUCGGCCAUCAAUGGUUAGUUAACAUAUUGAUGGUAUACACACCAACUUACAUCAGCUCUGUGUUCCAUGUUAACAUCAGAGAUAAUGGGUUCCUGUCUGCCCUUCCUUUUGCUGUUGCCUGGGUCGUUGGUAUCCUGGGAGGCUACCUGGCAGAUUUCCUUCUGACCAAGAAUUUUAGGCUCGUUACAGUGAGGAAAAUUGCCACAGUUCUAGGAAGUCUCCCUUCUUCAGUAUUCCUUAUGGCUCUGCCCUACCUCACCUCCAGCUAUAUCACAACAAUCAUUCUUCUGACGCUGUCUUGUGGACUAACCCCAUUAUGUCAGUCAGGGGUCUAUAUCAAUGCCUUAGAUAUUGCUCCAAGACACUCCAGUUUUCUCAUGGGAGCCUCAAGGGGAUUUGCACACAUAGCAGCUGUCCUGACACCCACUGUCAGUGGAUUUCUCCUCAGUCAGGACCCUGAAAAUGGGUGGAGGAAUGUCUUCCUCUUGUUGUUGGCCAUUGACCUAUCAGUACUGAUCUUCUAUCUCAUAUUUGGAGAAGCAGAUGUACAAGACUGGGCUAAAGAGAGGAAACUCACUCAUUUAUGAAGUAAUUUCACCUUGGAUGGAAAGUCUUUAGGCACCUUAUUUCAUAAAUGAGAAGGCUUCAGUGAUGAAAAUACCAACAGAAAGAAUUUUGUUUGCCGUGGCUCUUUUCAAAUCUGAGAUCAGUUCUUUAUUUUACUCAGAUUUCUUUUUGAGGAAAAUAUAAGAUGAGUGAAAAUUCAAAUAAAAUGAUAGCCAAGAACAAAGUUGUCAUCUUCAUAGAAUUAACAAUGGAUUCAGAGGAGCUGCUUGCUAUAAAGGAGUCAAUAGGCUAGAUUCAGUUUCUGGAUCUUGAAACAGAAAACAAUGUUUUGAAAUUCUUAAUCU